AUGGAGCAGGGAGGCUGGCAGCAGUGGCUGCUGCUGCUUCUGGGCAUCCAGCUGGUCAAUCAGUCAGUCAGCCAGUGCCCAGAGCAGUGCCAGUGUGCCCGCAGUGCCCAGGUGGAGUGCUUUGGUGCCGACAUCACCACGGUCCCCAGCCCCAUCCCUGCCAACGCCAUGACCCUGCAGAUCAUCAACACUCGCAUCGCCGAGCUGGGUGACGCCGCCUUCGGCAACGCCUCCCUGCUGAUCGGGCUGCGCGUGGAGAAGAACGCCCUGUCGCGCAUCAGCCCCCGGGCCUUCCAGAACCUGCCCGACCUGCGCUACCUCAGCCUGGCCAGUAACAAACUGCAGGAGCUCCCUGUGCAGGUCUUCGAGCCUCUGGACAAGCUGGAGUCUCUGCUCCUCUCCAGCAACCAGAUUCUCCAGGUUGAGCCUUCCCACUUCGCCCAUCUGAGCAACCUCAAGGAGCUGCAGCUGCACGGGAACAACCUGAAGGAGCUGCAGGAGGGGGUGUUUGACCAGUUGACCAGCCUCACCAAGCUCAACCUGGCCAGGAACAACAUCGACCGCCUGCCGCCCCGGGCCUUCGAGCGGCUGGCGCGGCUGCAGGUGCUGCGGCUCUAUGAGAACCGGCUCCGGCACAUCCCGGUGGGCACCUUUGAUGGGCUGCCGGACCUGCAGGAGCUGGGGCUGCACCAGAACCAGCUGGAGACGCUGUCCCCGGAGCUCUUUGUGCACAACACCAACCUGCAGAAGCUCUACCUGUCCAACAACCUCCUCACCACUCUGCCGAGCGGCGUCUUCUUGCCCCUGCACGCUCUCGCCAAGAUCACCCUGCACGUCAACCGCCUGCGGGACAUCUCCCCCAGUGCCUUUGGGCCCAUGCCCAACCUGCAGGAGCUCUGGCUUUACGACAAUGAGAUUUCCACCCUCCCCACCGCGGUCUUCAGCAACCUCACCCAGCUGCAGCUCCUGGUUCUCAGCAAGAACCGGCUGCGGUCGGUGGCACCAGGGGCUUUCCAGGGCUUGGGGGAGCUGCUGGAGCUGUCGCUGCACUCCAAUGCCCUGCGCCGCCUGGAUGCCCGGGCACUGGAGGGGCUGCCCAAGCUGCAGAACAUCUCUGUGCACCAUAACCAGCUGCAGGCACUGCCACGGGGCCUCUUCGGGGCCACCCCUGCGCUGCGGCACGUGCAGCUGCACUACAAUGCCCUGGAGUACCUGCCUGCCGGCAUCUUCUCCCCGCUGACUGCCCUGCGAGAGGUGAGGCUGCACAACAACUCCUGGCGCUGUGACAAGGGCAUCCUGCCCCUGCAGGGCUGGCUGGAGGAGAAUCCUCACAAGGUGGGUGAGAUACCCCCACUGUGUGCCCAGCCUCCCGCCCUGCAGGGCAUCCCCAUCGCCGGGCUGCCAAAAGACCAGUUCCUCGACCCCCAGCCCCCCACUGCUGCUCCCCAUCCCAGCACCCUGCUCCCUGCUGACACCUCUGAGGCAGCAUCACCAGAAGAUGCCUCGAUGGAGCCCCCCACGGGGCUGCCAGCCUCCCCACAGGAGGAGGAGGAGCAGGAGAAGGAGGAGGAGGAGAGGGGGCAGUGGGGGCUGACACGCCUGCAGAGUGGGGUGGUGGUAGCAGUCAUCGUGCUGGGUGGGCUUGGGCACAGAGUAAAAACCCUGGGGACACACUGGGGAGGGAAGUGCUCCCUGUUCCUGCAACAGGAGUGCUGGGGAGGUGCUGGCAGCAGGGGCUGGAGGGAUACCCCAUGGCCAGGGCAGCUGCCUAUGCUGGUGGUGUCUCAGAGGUUGAUCCUGCUGCAUUUCUGGCUGCAGAGGCUCUUUCCCCAGCAGUGCCUGACUGUGGGUGCAUGGGAUAAAGCUUUGUUCCUUCUCCAGUGCAGGCUGGUGAUCUACGUGUUGCUGGGGCUGGGGUCCCUGCUGGUGGGGGCACUGUCCCCAUCCUGCCCCCCUACCUGCCAGUGCUAUGACACCUCCAAAGUCUUCUGCUCAAGUGAAAGAAUGCGGGAGAUCCCAGAGGGCCUGCCAGGAAGUGCCACCCACCUCUUCUUCGUGGAGACAGCCCUGAGCAACAUCCACAGAGGGGACUUGGGUCCCAGCACCACCCUCACCAAGCUGGUCUUCAUCAAUAACAACAUCCAGGAGCUGGAGGCUGGUGCCUUUCAGGGGCUGCCCAACCUCAUUGAGCUGGAGGUGUCAGGCAACCCCUUGCCAGCGGUCAGCCUUGGGAUGCUGGCAGGGUUGACCAGCCUCAGCAAGCUGUCCCUCAGUGCCAACGCCAUCCGCACCCUGCAGCCAGGGCUCUUCACUGCCUCUUGCCCACUGAAGGACCUGAGCUUGUCAGGGAACAGGAUCGAGGCACUGCCCCCUGGCAUCUUCCACCCACUCCGGCGUCUCCAGGCCCUGGACCUCUCACAGAAUGCUCUGGCUGAGCUGCCGGAUGGGCUGCUGGCCCCGCUUGUCGCCCUUCGUGUCCUCAAGCUCAGUGACAACCUGCUGGCACAGGUGCCUCCUGGUGCUUUCAGGGCACUUGGCCAGCUAACUGAGCUCCACCUGGAUGGCAACCGGCUGGAGGAGCUGCCCUCCGGCAUCUUCUCCGGGCUGGGCGGGCUGCGGCGGCUGCAGCUGCAGCACAAUGCCCUGGGCAGCCUGGCCCCUGACAUCUUCACAGGUCUCCUCAACCUCACUGUCCUCAGCCUGGAGGGUAACAGCCUGGCCACCGUGCCUGCCAUGCUGUUCACUGGCACCCCUGGCCUCCUGCACCUCUCUCUGGCUCGCAACCAGCUGGAGACACUACCCCAGGAGCUCUUUGCUAACCUGUCAGUGCUGGAAACACUGGUGCUCUCACACAAUGCCAUGAAUUACCUACCCACUGGGAUUUUCCAGGGGCUGGCAGGGCUGACAGAGCUACAGCUGAAUCACAACAAUUUCUCCAGCGUGCCGGCGAGGCUGCUGGCUGGGCUGCCCCUCCUCACCGCUCUGGUGCUGGACCACAACCGCCUGGCCCGCUUGCCCCCGGGGCUCUUCGAUGCCAACGAGGAGCUGGUGCGAGUGGGGCUGUCUGACAACCCCUGGGUCUGUGACUGCCGCCUCUCCUACCUCCUGCACUGGCUCCAGAGCUUUGCUGAGCCCCUCAUCCACGGCCAAGCCUUCUGUGCCCAUCCAGCUGCUCUCCAGGGCCAGUCCCUGCUGGAGGUCUCCCGCGGGCAGCUGCGGUGCCCAGAAGCACAAGAUGUCCCCCCAGAGGAAGGCUGGGACACAGAUGCUCCGGGGCAGUGCACCUACACCAACCCCGAGGGCACUGUGAGCGUGGCCUGCAAUGCCACAUCCUGCCAGCGACUCAGCCUUCGCCUCCCUCCUCCCGGGCAGCAGCAGGGCUUGGGGCCAGCCUACCAGGAGGCCUGGGUGCUGCGCUCCCGCUGUGGCACGCUGCAGGUCAGUGUCCUUGUCACAGCACAGGGCGGGAACGAGGACACAUCGCCAAGUCUCCCCACGGUGCCCUAGAGCUUCGGCAGGCGUUUGCUUCUGCUCUGGCAACCUCUGAACCAGCCUGGGAAACAAACAGCUCUCCUUCUCGCUCUGCUACCACUGCCAUGGUCACCAGCUGUCUCCAAGCUCUCCACAACAGCUGGCCUGGUGGUAUUUAUCCUCUCAGCUAUGUGUUUCCUGUGUAUUUCAAAUAUAAUUAAAAUUUAUCUAUUA